UGUGCGGGAUAGAUUUCUAAUAAUUAUACGUUCAUGGAAAUUGCAUUUAAAUGGCGUUACUCUUCAGAGCGCUUCAGAGCGAUCCGACCGGCUUAGUCUGGCUCAGUCGAACAUGUCGUAAGUUUCGUCCAGUUUCAUGCAAUUUCGCUGCUAUAUCGCACAACGUAAUAUCGUAGCGAAGUCGAAUAAAUGGUAGUGUAUCGCUAACGGACUCGAGGGAGGAGAGUGAUCGACGUAACAUCCUCGCCGUAAUUAUCAAAACAACGCGGAACGCGGAAAGAUGGCGGAACAGAGUGACAGAAGUCAAUUACCGCCCGGUUGGGAAUGCAGAUACGACAUUCGCAGCGGUCGUCCAUAUUUCAUAAAUCAUUUCAAUCGUACUACAACAUGGGAAGAUCCGAGAGUGAGAUACUGGCAGUAUUCCCAGUAUAUACAAUCUCAGAGCUCGACAGCUCCGAGUUCAACCACUACUACUACUUCCCAGGUUAUUCCUAUGCAGAAGGAAGGAAGCGGAGGCGGUGGGCACUUGAGUUAUACGGGUGCUCACAGAGCUCCACAAAUUUAUCCGACACCGUCCCCUUAUCAUAAUCCACAACUAGCAUUUUUACCUCCUAGUGCGCAGGAUCUGAAAACUCCACUAUCGCUGAAAUCCACCAGUGCAGUGACAACUCGAUUCGGCGAUUUAACUUUAGGAUCUCCGACUCCAGUAAAAAAUACGGAGACGAGCUUUAUUCAAAAUUCCGACUCCGAGUCGCAAGUGGCAAAGAUCAAUGCUGUGUUUCCGACGGUCUCUGACACGCACAUUCGUCUUUUACUGAAGAAAUACCACAACAGAGCAGCUUUGGUCAUGAGUGCUCUCCAAGUGGAAAAGAAUCCUCUUUGUGCCCCAGGACCAUGUACACCUGUGGGAGUGCAUUCAAAUUAUGCAAUCCCGAGAUGGCGUCUACCGGCUCACGCUAUACACGCAGCAUUAACAUUGAGUCCGCCUCGCGGGGUUCGGGCAGCCCCAAACUCCCCAAAAAUGAAACUUAGGUACCUGAAGAAUGUAUUUCCAAAAGUAGACGAAACGAUAUUGCUGGAUAUGCUGGAACAGAGUGAUAACAAUGUGCAAAAGGCGUCCGACAAACUGAUCGAUCUAGGUUACGAAAAACGGAAUCCUACUCUUCCUGCCAAAGCUUUAGCGAGAAAGAAAGAAGAGGAGCAGGGACAGAUUGAGCCAACGGCGCCGACACCUCCUCCGCGUAUUAAAAGUAUGGAAGAAAAGAAUAAGAUAAAAACACGUUUAAUGGAAAAAUAUAAGACGGUUCCCGAUCGAGUGCUGUUGCUUGCCAUGGAUAGUGUGGAUUACGACGAGGAAAGAGCAAUACAUAUAUUAGAUAUAGUAAUGGCAGAGGAAGCUACUCGGCCAAUAUGUACUUCUAGUAGCCAAAGUAGCAGAAGUGACGAACGAAAAGAUAGCCCGCCGGUGACAGAAGCUAUCAAAUUAACCGCUUCCCCAAUUAAGAAGAAGAUGAAUAAAGACGCAGAGACUGAAAAGUCGAAACGGUCCAAAAAUAAGACUGAGAUACCGAAAGUUUCACGGGGAACCAGCACUACAGAGGACAAGGAAUAUAAAUCGCCAUAUUUAAUAAAACCAGUCGGAACAAACUCGGAUUUACUAAAAGGAGCGAAUAAUGAUCUGUUGUUGCCGGACUACGCGCCAUGGACAGGACCAGAUCCAAGUCUAUUGUGUAAGCAACCAUUUUCAAAGUCACUUGCCGUAGGACGCGAUGGAAGUUUACUUUCUAAAAAUAAAAGUUGCCUCGCUAAAGGUCCCCAGUCCGAAUUACGAAAAGGGCCGUUAAGGGGAUUGGCCCAAGGUUCCAUUUACUCGCAGAGGAAUGUAACCAAUACGGAGAGUCGCGGUAAAUGAGAUAUGUGCAAUUGUUUCUUUCUUGACAUUUUUGCCUUUGUUAAAUAGUUAGGCGUUGAGUCCUAAUUUAGUGCAAUCGUACAGCCGUCCCGAGUUUAGGACAUCACAAUUAUUUUAUAUUUCAAAUAUUUUUAUAUCAUUGAUUUCUUACUGGAAUCACACUAAUCUAUUACGCAUAUAUUUUUUUAUCGUAUAAUUUAAUAAAGAAUUUAUGUUGUUUAAUAAAUUUAUUGCGUGUACUUAUCAUUUACAUUAAGUUGUCAAUAUUGAUUCGUGAUAAAUCUAUUUUUAUUUAUUGCAUGUGCCAUCAAUUUAGAAAGUGGCGUAGACGACAGAAAAUCUUUAGAAGCUUCGUCAAUUUUAAUGACAGGCAGACGCACUAUCUGCGCUGCAUCUUGAUUAUGCCAAAACUUUUUUCAAUUACUGUUAGUUGUGAGAUCUGUAUUUGCAUGUACAGAAUAUGUCAGAAAGUUUUUUCCGAACGAUACAGCAUGAUUGGAACACAAUGUACGGUAUAUUUUCCAGUGGCAAAUACGUUAUUAAAUCUUCCCUCUUACAGUUAUACUAGAUAUCAUAGAAAUUCUAUUCUGAUACAUUAUAAUAACUUAAAGUACAUACACUAUUUAAAUUUUACAGCAUUUUCAUCUUUGACAUAUCUUAUGUGUAUAAAAUACGCCGGAGCUCUUAGUACAUAUUUGAGUAUUGACAGAGAAACUCAAUUUGAUUACAAUUAUGUGUGUAUAAUAUGUGCGUAAGUAAAUAAUGUGUAAAUGAUGUCUUUUUUAAACUUUUCUCCAUAAAUAUGGACAAGUUUGCUAAAGAUUUUGACAUCAGUAUUGUUCAUUAGUCAUUCAUGGGGCUUAAGAGUUAGUGCUAAUUUCCGACAGUGUUCUAAAGUAUCAACUGCUAUACAGUUUUUUUUUUUAAUUAAAUACGUGUGCUCACAGUUGCAUAAAUAUAAACAAAAUUAAUUUAUAGUUGGAAACCAACAUCUUUUGUCAGAAUUUUAUAAAAAAAAGUGCUAUACGUUAUACCACACCCUUCCUAUCAAUGAUACUUUGUAACAAUCCCGGGAAUUAGCACUGAUUUAUCGAUCCUAAUAAUUUUAUAUGUGGCCGUUAGUAUAAUGAAAGUAUUUUACAUUAUUAAUAUUUCUUGAAAUGUAUUAGUAUCGUGUUGAUUUUGUAAAGUAAGUAAUUAUAUAUAUAUGUAUAUG